AUGGCGCAGAGUGUUGAUAAAACAGAGUCGAAUAUCGCUGACGUUUCAUUGAAAAUGAAUACAGAAAGAGUUAUGUACGCAAGGAACCGCAUCCUAGUGGGGGCCAGACCUGCAGUGGUGGGUGGAACUCCAAUAACUGAAGAAUUGGCUACGGAGUUGCGAGUGACAGCAUUCGGCACCUCGUCCUGCCCACCGAGAGGAGAGUGGAUACACACACCGCUUGUUAUGCGACCUGCCGAACAGCCUCUAGCCUACGGCCUCGCAGCUGCUCGUAAUGGCACCAGGUCAUUGCUGUCCGCUCUUCAAGCUCACAUCAUCAAAUGGCUUCUGUUCGAUUCCCGGCCGAUCACAAAAGACAAUAAAUCUACGGAGCCGCCAGACAGCUACCUGCGGCCCUCGGAGGAGAGACAGGAGGAAGCCAUCUGGCGUGCUUGCAGCGAGGUCGUCUGGCGGUGCGCGGGUCACGGCACCGACCCUCGAGCUACCUUGGCCUUGCCGACGGAUUCCACAUACGUGCAGCAUAGUUCAAACUAUUAUCAGGAUGGAAUUACUGAGAAGCUGCAUUUGUUCGAGUUUAAAAGCCUCGAGGAUCUACAAAUAUUUAUAAAGAGAUAUUUGUACUUGUUUCAGUCCGAAGACGGCUCAGGUGCGCUGUUACUGCUGUAUGCUGCCAUCUUGUCGAGAGGCUGUGAAAAUAUAAAAAAAGACUUAGAUGGUAAGCAGAACUACUUAGUGUCCACACAAGUAGAGGGAUCCCUGAACGUUACCACUCUGCUGCUCACCGGUCGUGCUACCCCCUACCUCCACAAUGGUGUGCAAUAUGUUGGGGAUGAAGAUCAUUAUGCUAUGCCCCAAUUUGGUGUACUAUCCAGAAGCCCAGUGGGACUCCUUGUAUGGUAUAAUGGGGAUGAUACCGUCAGUAACCAUGUGUCCAAUCAGUACCCUGGAUCGCGAUUGAAAACACCAGCCCUACCUAUAUGGGUAACAAGCUGUUCUGGACAUUUUGGCGUUUUAUUCAACACGAACCGGGAAUUGUUGAGGAACUAUCAUGCUGAAAGGAGAUUUGACAUUCACUAUUAUACAUGUGGCGGGUGCCACGUGCUUCUGAACGUGGACACGCGGGCCCACGAAGACGUUGGACCUCUCCGGACUGAUGACAUCAGCGCUACACCCUUGGAGAAGCUGAUCCAUACCAAAUGGCAAGACGCUAAGAUAACAUGGACAGGAGCUGCGCCAUAUUCUUCCGAUUCACCAAUAUAA